AGUACAUCUAUUGUUGUGAACACUACUCAAUGGAUCAAUCUCAUAGUGACGGUAAAGUCAGUACUACUAGUCAUGAUAAUGACGAAGAGUGUACUCCUAUUACUAGAGCUGACGAACGUUAUGAAGACUCUUCCACCUCGUCUAAGCACGGUGGUGGUAAAUGUUAUGCUUUGAGGUACUGGGUUUGUAUGAUAUUCUGUUGUCGACCUCCACAUGAGAUGACUGAUGAGGAGAGAGAAGAAUGGGAGAAGAGGAGUUUCUGGGAUAAAUACAAGCCUGCAUUCUUCUGUUUUAUUCGUUACUUUAUUAUGUUAAUUAUUGGUAUUCUUGUUGGUAUUGGUAUAUUCUUCCUUGUACUCUACUGUAUGGGUAUUAUUGGUGGAUCGAGUAAUAAUGAUACUUCUAAUAAUACUAUAGAUCUUGGUGAACUACAAUACCCGACUGUUGUAUCUGGUUAUACUAACAUCAGCAUUACUAUUAGUCCUAUUGCGGCAGCAUCACCUUAUGAUCCGAAGGAUUACCUUAUCGAAACUCAAGUGGCCACUGGUGGUAGUGGAGGUGGAAGACGCCUCCGUUCUGAUGGUCCAUGGACUGUAUCAUUGGAGGUUCCUUAUGAUAAGGAUCAUCCCACUACUGCUACUCUAACUGGAUUGACUGCUGGUGAACAGUUGCUUAUCCGUUAUAAGAUCGAGAUGGAGGAUGGUCGUGUUAGUAGCCCAUCAGUUGCCGUAAUGGAAGGCACGAAGGACCCGACUGCUCCGAGUGCUCCUGGUUUAAUGGCAUUCAAUACAACUGAUAGAAGCGUAUCAGUUAGUAUUAUACCCCCCACUACCACCAAUAGUGCCGAUAUAACUGCUUAUGUUAUACAGCAUGCUUUGGCGAGUAGUAGUAGUAGUAAUGACACUACACCUGAUAGUAGCUGGACUAAGGCUGAAAUAUCAAAGGAUGAUGCUUCUAAGCCCUACACUGUGAACGGGCUUUCCCCCGGUCAGGCAGUGGUACUCCGUGUUUUGGCUGAGAACUCAGCCGGUGAGAGUGACAACAGUAAACCCUAUACGAUGGUCGCAGACCAGACAGAAGCAUCUACUCCUGAUAAGGUUAGAUGUCUUGCUGUGCAGUCGACUACGUCUAAUUCGGCAUCAUUGAACUGGACAGCCCCUGCUGACAACGGUGCUAUGAUAUUGAGGUAUAUCAUCAGUGAGGGUGAUAAUACCUAUACAGUUGAUGGUCAUGAUACAUCGUACACUGUAACGGGGCUUAGUCGUGGUAGCGAUUAUACAUUCUAUAUUGUGGCUAAGAACUCUCAAGGUGAUAGUCCAAAAUCAGAUGGAGUAUCAACUGCGACAACUGAGAGUUGUGAAGCCGAUCCUCCGAGUAAUGUUAUGUUACAGACGCCUUUCUCUGAUGGUGUAAGUGUAAGUUGGAGUAAAGCCAAGAAUAAUCUUCAAUGUGAUCUACCAGUAACUGCCUAUCGUGUUAUUGAUGAUGAUGGUAAUGAACUAUGCCAAGUAGCAGCUAAUGAUGAUGAUGGUGCUCUAUGGUGUGAUGUUACCGGCCUACAGCCCAGUACUUCCUAUAAUAUCAGAGUACAAGCUAAGAACUCUGCUGCUGGAUGGUCUACUAAGUCUUCAUCACCUGUUAAGAUGUCUACUAUUGCUAGUGGUAAAUGCAACACUAGGGAUCAGAUUAGGUGGUGGGUGACUACCACUAACCCCGUCUAUAACUCCAUGGACUUUACUGAUGCUCUUUCUAAGUGUGGCGUUCAAGGUCUUGGAAACGCCGAUAAAGUGUCAAGUUGCCUCAUUGAUUACACUGAGGACCCUAGUAAGACUCCAUUCAAUCUACCACCAAUAACUGAUGAUUGCUCCAUGUGCUAUGGUGUGAAUGGUAACCUCUCCUGA